AUGCUGUGCGCCUCAGACCCGGAGUGGUGGAGAUCCAUCUCCACCCAGACGCUCUCAGGUAGAGCGCCCUUUCCACCCCAACGAGAGCUUCCUCUCAUGGACUAUGCCCUGGCAGUGGAGCGUAGUAGGGGGUGUUACACCGAGUUUCUGGCCAGUGCCUAUUUGGUGGCUGGUCUGAACGACCCUCCUCCUCUCCACGAACGACAGAGUCUGCUACAGUUGCCCUACUGGGACCUGGUAGACCACCUCGCCCAACAACAGCAGCAACAGGACCAUAGUGGUACGCCACCUCCAAGGUCUUUGUCCAGCCCACUGCCUCCCAUUCCUGAGGGUUUAAUUAUUGGAGUGGCGACGCAGGAGGGCCCGGCUCUCUCCGCCCCGAUCCUCGGCAGCUCAGCACAGCCAGACGGUCUCAGAGGAAAGCGCGAGCGGAGGAUCUCCUGGGAGUCGCCUUCCGAGGGGUCCUCUACUGAGCCUGUCAUGCCCACCACACCUCCUCCUUCAAUUACACUUUCUGCGCCGCGCCCGAAGAAAAAGAAGAGGAAGAAAGGGUCCUCGGCUCUUCAGCCAGCUGCCGCCUCCCCGGCAUCUGAUUCGCUGCAGCCUCAGUCGUCUGCGCAGCCACCGCUGCAGCCUCAGCCGUCUGCGCAGCCACCGCUGCAGCCUCAGCCGUCUGCGCAGCCACCGCUGCAGCCCCUGCCGUCUGAGCAGCCACCGCUGCAGCCCCCUGUCAUGGUUCUUGUCUCGUCUCCGCAGCCGCCCGCUGCGCCCCCUGUCAUGGUUCCUGUCUCGUCUCCGCAGCCGCCCGCUGCGCCCCCUGUCAUGGUUCCUGUCUCGUCUCCGCAGCCGCCCGCUGCGUCCCCUGUCACUGUCUCUGUGUCGUCUCCGCAGCCGCCCGCUGCGCCCCCUGUCACUGUCUCUGUGUCGUCUCCGCUGUCGGCCGCAGCGCCCCCUGUCAUGUUUCCUGUUUCCCCUCAGCCAGUAAACCCUGCUUUGUUCCCCUCUGCCCGGCCACCCUCUGUUGCCCCCUCCAAGCCUCUGCGGUCUGCACGGACCCAGCCUUCGGCUACACCACGAAGGCCAAGAACUCGAACUCCACCCGUUUCCACUCAACCUGGACCACCCAAGAUAAACACUGUCAUUCCACCACCACCUCUCCCUUGUUUAUUUUUCCUAUUGAUUGACUGGGCAGUUAACCCUCCAGCAUCAGAUACUGAUUAUGAGGAGCAGGACAGCUCUGAUGAAGAGUUGGGUGGAGCUUUACCAAAUGUUCCAAACUUUGAUGCGCUGCCAGUCAUUGGUUUGGAAGAGACCGUACACGACCUCCCUGCAGAUUUUGAGUCUGAACCAUCUACAGAUCCUGACAGCUCCACUGCCUCACCAGCUGAUUCAAAUGUGCCAACUGUACAGAAGGCAGAGGACAUUGUUGGUGCAAAGGCAUCGAUUGUGUAUGAUUGCUUGAAGUACCUUGCGGCCUUUGUUACACCACCAGUGAAACGGUGCACAGCAAUAAAUGUGACCGGUGCAGCAUGCCAACGCCAUCCACCAUUCCUGGUGAACAUCAAAGGGAAAGGCACUGCAAGCAUGUUAGAAUGGAGCUGUGCUGAUGGACACAUUGUGUGGCGAUGGGUUUCACAGCCCUUGAUGAAGUACGGACUUCAGGCUGGAGACUUUAUGCUGAGCACCAACAUCCUGCUAUCAGGAAACAACUACACUAAAAUUGUACUGCUAUUUAGAUUUAUGAACAUGGGCAUUUUUGGCCCAAACACUUUUUUCUCCAUCCAAGACACGUACUGUGUUGACUCUAUCAAAAAGUACUGGAUGGAAAAAAGGGCAGAUGUGAUUUCAAGACUUCAGGGCAAAGAUGUUGUUGUCCUUGCUGAUGGCAGAAACGACACACCGGGUCACUGUGCGCAGUACUGUAGUUACACUACAAUGGAAAACGACACAUUGGAGAUCAUCAGUGUAGUCACAGUAGACAAAAGACAAACCGACAGACGGUCUGCCAUGAUGGAGAAGGAGGCCUUCAUCUUGACUAUGGAUCAACUAGUCAAUGAAGUUAAACUUAUCGAAAUCUGCACAGAUGCCCACUCACAGAUUGGUGCCCUGAUGGAUCCUGUAAAGGGGAGGUACAAGGACCAAAGGAUUCACCACAGCUUAGAUAUGUGGCAUGGUGCCAAGAAUUUGGCAAAGAAGAUUGCGGCUGCAGGCCAGGUAAAAGAACUGUCUGUCUUACUACUUUGGCUGAAAGACAUCGUAAAUCACUUCUGGUGGUGCUGCAAAACAGCCGACUCCUAUGAAGAGUUCCUGGCACUGUGGGCCGGCCUUUUACAUCAUGUCUGCAACGAGCAUGAGUGGGCUAUGGGCAGCUGUAAACAUGGGCAGCUGGCAGAUUCGGAGAAGCAAUGGAUUCAAAGAGACUCUAAAGCACACAAGGCUCUUGUGGAGAUAAUCCUCAAGAAACGAUGGUUGAAGGAUGUGCACAAAUACCUGCGCUUUAGAUCAACAGCAGUCCUCGAAUCCUUUCAAAACCAUAUAUUGAUGUAUGCCAGCAAGCGCUUUGCCUUCAGUCCACCGGUGUACGAAGCCCGAGUCCUCCUGGCAGCCCUGGACUACAACUACCAUCGGGACCGACCUACUCAGAAGAGGGCAGAUGGUACAGAGAUGUACAGACGAGUGUACAAAAAGAAUGCCAAACAGUACAGUGUCUAUGCGCGCAAGACUCCCAAAAGUUACAGCUACAUUGGGGAGCUACAGACGCUGGUGGCGAGAUCUAGGCUGGCGAGUGGCUCUGGAAUGCCCAGGUCAAGAACCCUAAGGCCAGAUGACCCACGAAGACUUGGUUUACUUCCACCUGUACCACCCCCACCAACAGCAGAGCUUGUACAAAGACAAGUCAGGAGAGGACUAGGACCUGAUUUACAGUCGAGUUCUCCCCAGUGAAGUCAGAAUUGUGGCAUCCAGUGUACGUAUAGUACAAGCCUCUGGCAGAGAGAAGGAUUGUGACCAAUGGGACACCCACCAACAUUCACACUGUCCAUGCAAAUUAGUACAUUUUAAUUUGUAGUUCACCAUCUUACUUCGUCUAGGAUUUAAUUUGAAUUCCUGUAAUGUUUUUACAGGGUGGCUAAAAUGUGUGAGUGUUUGCAUGUUUUGUAAAUAAAACAUCUGAACCAACCUAUUAUCACUACCAUUUUGUGCUUUACCACUGUUCUUUCAGUUCAUAACACAGGCUGAAACUCUGCAAAAUGAUUGUUUGUCCUGAUUGUUAUUAGAGAGU